AUGGCAUUCGCUGUUACUGCGCUUCCACCCCCACUCGCGGACGUCAGGCUAAACCACCUCGACGUAACAGUGAAUAGCAAGCCCACAUCGGGCGGUGUUGGCCUACGUAAAACUCAGAUGAGCUCUGCUGAAGCGUCUUUGAAUGCUGAGUCCGACUCCCUGGACAGGAUAUAUUAG